AUGCUGGUGCCCCUGGGCGGACUGCUGUGGUGCUGCUGCUGCGGGUUGUGCAUUCCAGCUCCCCAGAUGUUUCGCCACCAAGGUCUCCUCAAGUGCCGCUGCCGCAUGCUCUUCAAUGACCUGAAGGUUUUUCUACUGCGGCGCCCCCCUCCAGCGCCCCUGCCCAUGCACGGAGACCCCCAGCUCCCUGGUUUGGCAGCCAAUAACAACACCCUUCCGGCUCCCGGGGCCGGGGGGUGGGCAGGCUGGAGGGGCCCUCGAGAAGCGGUGGGAAGGGAGACCCCUCCUCUGCCACCUCUACCACCGUUGCCACCUUCUUCCGUGGAAGAUGACUGGGGUGGCCCAGCCACAGAACCACCUGCCUCGCUGCUCAGCAGUGCCUCCUCAGAUGACUUCUGUAAGGAGAAGGCUGAGGAUUGCUACUCACUGGGCAGCUUGGACAGUGGCAUGAGGACUCCUCUCUGUCGCAUCUGCUUUCAGGGGCCAGAACAGGGGGAGCUGCUGAGCCCAUGCCGCUGUGAUGGCUCCGUCAAGUGCACACACCAGCCUUGCCUCAUCAAGUGGAUCAGCGAGCGGGGCUGCUGGAGUUGUGAGCUGUGCUACUACAAGUAUCAUGUCAUUGCCAUAAGCACAAAGAAUCCUCUGCAGUGGCAGGCCAUCUCUCUGACAGUCAUCGAGAAGGUUCAGAUUGCAGCUGCCAUCUUGGGUUCCCUCUUCCUUAUUGCCAGUAUUUCUUGGCUCAUCUGGUCGACCUUCAGUCCCUCAGCAAAGUGGCAGCGCCAAGACCUCCUCUUCCAGAUCUGCUACGGGAUGUACGGCUUCAUGGAUGUGGUAUGCAUAGGUCUCAUCAUCCAUGAGGGACCCUCGGUGUACCGCAUCUUUAAACGAUGGCAGGCUGUCAACCAGCAGUGGAAAGUACUGAACUAUGACAAGACAAAAGACCUGGAGGACCAAAAGUCAGGAGGCAGGACAAAUCUGCGGACCUCCUCUUCUACCCAGGCCAAUAUCCCCUCCUCAGAAGAGGAGGCAUCCAGCACCCCUGCCCCACAGGAGGGCCCUGCCCGGGCUGCUGGUCACCCUGCAGGACCUGUGUCCCAUCACCACUGUGCUUACACCAUUCUGCACAUCCUGAGUCACUUGAGACCUCAUGAACAGCGGACCCCCCAGGGUGGCAGCCGAGAGCUUGUCAUGAGAGUCACGACAGUGUGA